GGAGGGGGUGGGGGGUAGGGGGGGAGAAGAGCGACAAGCGCCGAGAGUUUGCGGCGAGAUAAAGAGAUCCCCCGAGAGCUACAGCCCAGUCCGCGGGAGACGCGCUUCUACCCCAAUGUAACCCACCCUGCCCGAUUCCCGGCCCCUGCACGGCGGGCGGCGAAACUUCUCUGCGGGUUCUGGCGCAGGGCAUCCGUCCCGCAACAACUGCCCGGGCUGCAGGUAGGGGAGGAGAGCAGAGAACGUCCCAGGGUGAUGUGAGAGAGCCCAGGAAUGCCUUAUGUGGAUCGGCAGAACCGCAUCUGUGGGUUUCUGGACAUCGAGGAGCAUGAGAACAGCGGCAAGUUUCUGCGGAGAUACUUUAUUCUGGAUACCCAGGCCAACUGCCUUCUCUGGUACAUGGACAACCCCCAGAACCUGGCAGUUGGGGCAGGAGCCGUUGGAUCUUUGCAGCUGACCUACAUCUCAAAGGUGAGCAUAGCUACCCCAAAGCAGAAGCCAAAGACUCCAUUUUGCUUUGUCAUCAAUGCCCUGUCUCAGAGGUAUUUUCUUCAAGCCAAUGACCAGAAAGAUCUGAAGGACUGGGUUGAAGCCCUGAAUCAAGCCAGCAAAAUCACUGUACCUAAAGUGGGGAACCUGCCCCUGGCUCCCGAAGUUCUGAAAAACCUAACAGCUACCCCAACCCUAGAGAAGAAGCCACAGGUGGCCUACAAGACAGAGAUCAUUGGCGGGGUGGUGGUGCACACACCCAUCAACCAGAAUGGUGGCGAUGGGCAGGAAGGAAAUGAGCCAGGGUCCCAUGCCAUCCUCCGAAGGUCUCAGAGUUACAUCCCCACGACAGGCUGCCGUGUUCCUACCGGGCCCCCCCUUAUUAAAAGCGGCUACUGUGUGAAGCAAGGGAAUGUGCGGAAGAGCUGGAAACGUCGCUUCUUUGCACUGGAUGACUAUACCAUAUGCUACUUCAAGUGUGAGCAGGACCGAGAGCCACUGCGCACUAUAUGGCUUAAGGAUGUUCUCAAAACCCACGAGUGUCUGGUCAAAUCUGGUGAUCUCUUAAUGAGGGACAACCUGUUUGAAAUAAUAACGAGCUCCAGGACCUUCUAUGUGCAGGCGGACAGCCCAGAAGACAUGCACAGCUGGAUUAAGGAGAUCGGGGCAGCUGUCCAGGCCCUCAAGUGCCACCCCAGAGAAAUACCCUUCUCUAGAUCUAUUUCUUUGACUCGCUCUGGAAACUCCAAUCUCUCUGGGGCCACCCCAUCCAUCAUGUAUAGAGGGCGACCACCUGUGGAAGAGAAAAAAGCCCUCUGCAAAGCCCCCUCUAUGGCAUCCUCUUGGCAACCCUGGACACCUGUCCCGCCGGCUGGGGAAAAGCUGCUUCCAGCUGAAGAGACUCCUGAUGACUCUUUGUUCCCACAUCGACUUGGAGAGAGCACCACUGCUGGGGUGCUAUCUAGUUCCAGGAUAAGGCACAGAUCAGAGCCUCAGCACCCCAAAGAGAAACCAUUUAUCUUCAACCUGGAUGAUGAGAACAUUCGGACAUCUGAUGUGUGAAGGACAUAAAAUGGGGGAGGGGGGUGGCCAGGACUCGUUCCUCAACCAGCUGGACAAUCAAGCCUUUAUGGCACUCACUCUGUGGCUGCUCUGUGGAAGGGGCUCAUCAAGCUAGCUUUUUAUUCUUUAAAUAUCAACGCGGCGUAUUUAAUUUGGGGCAAUCACGAGGGUAGACCAGUACGCAUGCUCAGUGGAAAGCUGGUGGCCUCUUGUCUAACUAUUCCGAAGUGCUCCUGGUGAGAGGAGGUUGGGAGUCCAGUUUUAUCCCUAACCAACUUUUAAUUCCUUGUUCUUGUUUUAGUUUCUUGUUUUCCAGGCCAGUCAUAGAAUCAGAGGCCAGUCAUCUGUUUAUUGGCUAGCGUUUGACUGUGCAGGAGGGGUAUCCCGCUGAAGGAGGCAGGAGUGGAGUCAGACUCAGGCGCCAGCUUGGUAUUUAUUCAGAGGGGAGGUGCUAAAAUCUGGGGGCUGGGGAGAGGCUCUCAGAAAGUCUACCAGGGCACAUUUCCCCAGGGGAUCCCAUCGGAAAGAAAUAGGGACUUCUUGUAAGGUAUAGUGAUGAUUCAACCCUAGUGCCUCAGUCAGUUUUGGGAAUCUGUUCCCCUCUAGAUGUUUUUGAUCCCCCAUAAUGUCAAUGUGAGUGAUGGACCAGCCCAUCCUCUGUGUCUGGCUCGAAGGAUGGGUUUAUCAGUGUUUGAUGUUGUGACUGUUGAGAACAGAACAGACAUUUCCUAUUGUAUGGUGUUAAGUGGUGUGUGUGGACAUGUGUGACAGAUCAGAUCUCUAUUUUUGAGUUUUAGGUGUGCUUGAAAGCAGGUACUGGAGAGAGAUGAAUUGGAGUUAAUUCAGUUAAGCUCUUUUGGUUCAUGUUUUCCAGACUCAAGAAAAGGUCUGUUUUAACAGCUUAUAUUCAAUCCUUGCUUCACAGCUCUUUUUAAUGGGCUAAUAUCAGUCUGAUUUUAAGUGUUGUAUAUUGUGUACCCUGUAGACCUUUCUUCCUGUUCUUUGUGUUGCCCUCUGAAUGAAGCUCUGUUACUCGCAUGAUCAAACUGUAAUCUGAUGAGGUUCCGUGUACUUACCAGUGAAGAGAUACAAAGAUGAUCUUGAGAAAUAUUUAUAUUUCUAAUAAAGUAGAAAAUAUGCAUCGAAACAUUGAUUUUGAGACUAUACACUGUGCUGGCUCAUGAUUUCCCAGGUAGAAGUACAGAAGAUUGCACUCCCUACACAAAUUCUACAGUGUACUUUCCUCCAAUUGAUAAGAAAAUACUGCUUCCAGGGGAAAUAGGAAUAUUUCUGGAAGAAUUUGCCUAUUCAACUUACGUGGUAAACUCAACAGGAAAUUAUCAUGAAUGACUCCCUGAAGGGAGACAGAACUUAUUUAGCUCAUUUUUUAAAAUUAAAAAUUAAUGACUAGAGGAAGACACUAAGAAGCAAUUUUUCCUUAGUUCCUUCCCUUAUUGCUAAAUCUAAUGCAGAGGCAAAAGAAUUUAUAGCCAGGAAAUCCUUAAUAGCUUGAGAGAAAUCUUAGAUUUCUUUGAAACAGUGGUUUUCUUGAAGUCUGAAUCUCAUUCUGAACUUUUUGACUACACUGCCUUGGACCAACCCUUCACUUAAAGUUUGGCCUAGGGCCUCCCUGGUGGCUUGGGGUUAAGUCUCAGCCUGAAUUCAAUCCCCCCACUAAGGAACCUGA